AUGACCGUGUUCUCCCCCAUCAUCGUGCGCUCGGACUACACGCAGACCACGACCGAUCUGAGGCUUCCCCCAUCGUCGGAGCACUGGUUCGGCACCGACGCAUUCGGAAGGGAUGUGUUCGACAGGGUGAUAGCGGGGAGCAGGGUUUCGCUCUAUGUGGGAUUUGCCGUAACUUUCAUAUCCGUGGUGCUCGGACUCGUCAUCGCGCUGUUCGCAGGGUAUUUCCGACUGCUGGACCAUAUUUUGAUGCGCUUCGUAGACGGGCUGCUCGCCUUUCCCACGAUACUGCUCGCGCUGGCGCUCAUAGCGCUGCUGGGCGGGAGCGUCAACAAUGUCAUCAUCGCGCUGUCGGUGACGGGCACGGCGAGCAAGGUGCGCCUAGUCAGGGGUCAGGUACUGAGUCUGCGCGAGGAGCAGUUCGUGGAGGCGGCGCGGGCAAUCGGCGCUCCGGUGUGGCGCAUACUGUUCCUGCACAUCGCGCCGAACACCAUUGGGAUCGUGCUGCGUGCAGGCGACAUUUACGCUGGCCACGGCGAUUCUUGCUGA